AUGUCACUCUCAAACAUCGAUAUCCACAUGGUCGACAACUUCGACACCCUGGCGACCCACCUCAUACGCCUCACUAUCCUCUCCCUCCUCCACCUCCUGAACCUGACCCCCCUCCUCCACCACCUCGACUCCCUCUCCGCCGCCGAGCCACCCGCACCGACCACCCUCGACACCCUCAUGGCGGCCGGAGAAGCCCGCCUCGCGGCCCAGCGCGCCUCAUCGCAGACGCGCCUCGCCGCGCAGAAAGCGGCACUCGACAUCAAACUCGCCCAUCACGAAGCAGAGAAGGAGCGCCAGCAGGCGGAAUCAGAAGCCCGGCUCGCGGCCGCGAAAGCGGCUGCCGCAUCCAGGAUCGAGCACCUGCAUGCGCCGCGCGCCGGUGCCAAGUCGGGGAGCGACGUUCAACCCAAGCUGCGUGUCGGGUGGCUGCCAUCGCCAAUUCUUGCUGUCAGAGUACAGCUCGACGUACCCCGCGCGCCGCACCGCGAGGAGCGCAGGGGGGUUAGGGAGAGGGCGCGCGAGGCGCGGGGGGUGUGUCGGGAGGUGCGAGAGACGGUUCGGGAUGUGCGGGCGAGUGUGCGCGGGAUGAAGGAGAGGGCUUGGGAGGGGAUGGAGAAGUUGCGGAGGAGGAGGGAUUCGGGGUGUUGGGAGCGGGUGCCGGUGAUCGAGGGGUGGGAUGUGGAGUAUGAGGUGCUGAGGCGGCGCGAGAAGGAGGGCGUCAGGAGCCGGAAGGAGAGGUUUCUGUAG